CGACGUCAUUAUCCAAUGCGUCUCGUCUUCAAUACGUUCAACUUGCUGCAAAUGGCUUUAGUGGCAUAAUCCCUCACAGCCUCGGAAGUUUAAAAGAGCUGCGAUCACUACUUCUGAGCGAUAACCAUCUGGAAACCGUGGAACCCGAUGGAUUGAAUUUCCUAACUGCUUUGACCAAUUGUACCCAGUUGAAGUGGUUGAGCCUAUCGUCAAAUAAGCUCAGAGGCGUGCUACUGAAUUCAAUCGCUAACCUUUCCACCGAUAUACAGUUUCUAUAUAUGCAGAAUAACUACAUCUCUGGAACCAUAUCAUCUGAUAUCGGAAACCUCGUAAACCUUGCGGUACUUAAUAUGUAUGGAAACUCGCUUUAUGGCUCUAUUCCUCCAAGCAUUGGGAUGCUCCGGAAGUUGCAUCUAUUGUCUUUGGGCAGAAACAAGCUAUCUGGAGAGAUACCAUCUAGCAUCAGCUACCUUACUCGAUUGAAUAAACUUUAUCUAUAUUCCAAUGAACUAAGCGGAAAUAUACCAGUAAGUCUUGGAAAGUGCCGGAACCUAAUACUUCUAGACCUCGGAUGUAACAAACUUACGGGUAGUAUACCCAAAGAAGUAGUCUCCAUAUCCGGACUCUCCAUAUCUUUAAAUUUGGCAUCCAACCCACUGUCAGGCCUAAUACCAUCUGAGAUAGGGAGCUUAAAAAACUUGAAUAUAUUGGAUAUCAGCAUGAACAAAUUGGUCGGCACAAUCCCUAGCACUGUCAGUGAGUUUCAAGUGCUGGAGGGACUUUAUCUUGGUGGAAAUCUCUUUCAAGGAAGUAUUCCUUCUUCUUUAGCCUCAUUAAGAGGCAUCCAGAAGCUCGAUUUUUCAAAAAAUAACUUGUCGGGAAAAAUACCUGAUUUCUUACAAGAUUUUCAUGGCCUACACUAUUUGAAUCUGUCCUUCAAUAACUUUGAAGGUGAAGUGCCACUACUCGGUGUGUUUGCAAAUGCAAGUGCAGUUUCAAUUAUUGGAAAUAUUAAGCUUUGUGGAGGGAACCCAGGAAUGCAUCUACCAGCUUGCCCUUCUGAACCCUUUAACAAGAAACAUCACUCGCGUACAGUAAUAGUGAUCUGCGGGAGUACUAUUUUAUUUAUAUUUGUGACUCUUCUUUUCUGUUUCCUCGUAGUCCGAUGCCGUCAAAAAGGUUCAAGAAAAAGGUCUCAUGUAACAUCACCCACAAUCGAGCAAAAUGUGAAGGUCACUUAUGGUGAUCUAGUGAGAGCCACAGAUGGAUUUUCUGAGGGCAAUAUGAUUGGGACUGGUAGUUUUGGUACAGUAUAUAAAGGACUACUCGAUGGUGAAAGUAGGAAAGUUGUUGCUGUUAAGGUAUUGAACCUUCAAAUACAAGGAGCAUCGAGGACAUUUAUAGCAGAAUGUGAUGCCAUGAAAAACAUUCGGCAUCGGAAUCUUCUCAAGAUCCUUACAGUAUGUUCAAGUGUAGAUUUCAAAGGUAAUGACUUCAAAGCUGUAGUUUUUGAGUUCAUGGAAAAUGGAAGUUUAGAUUAUUGGUUGCAUCCCAAAGCAAAUGUGCAGCCCAAACCAAAGAAAUUGGACCUUACGGCAAGGUUAGAUAUAGCUAUUGACGUAGCUUAUGCUUUGGAUUAUCUCCACCAUCAAUCUGGCAAACAAAUUGUUCAUUGUGAUCUGAAGCCAAGCAACAUUCUUCUGGAUGAUAGUAUUACUGCUCAUGUUGGUGACUUUGGGUUAGCCAAGUUUCUCAAAAAGGUUACCUCUCAGUACUCAACAAGUUCAGCUGGUCUCAGAGGAACUGUCGGGUAUAUUGCUCCAGGUAAAAACUUAUACUUUCUUGAUUUCGUUACUUUUAUAUAUGUUGUAUUAUUUUCUUAGGCUAAAAUUUUAAAAGAGAAAACAAGAUUACCAUCUGAACCUUAAACAUCACCGUAGAUUUUCCUUUUAUAG